AAAUUUAUUUCUGAUAUGAACGAAGAAUUCGCUUGUGCUAUACUCUUUGAGCAUGUGCGGGCAUUUCAAAUGCAAAAGAGCAGUCAGAGUAUGGACUGUUUUUCACUUGCUAUUCAAGAAAUUUUAAAAGCAUAUGAUAUUUCACCUGAAGGUAAAAAUAGUGAACUGUGGGAUAACCUACCUUUGACUACGAGACAAAUUAUCUCUCCCUUUUUAACUUCGCAUUACAAAAUAGCAGCUGUCAGCAAUGAUAAAAAGUUUCCACAUCCUAUUUAUGGUUCUGAAGCUGGUUCUUCCGUCGAAAAUUGGGCUUACAAUUGGCUUUGCAGUAUGUUUAACGACAUCUACGAUGAAAGGCUCAAUAGUGUAUUACGUGCGUGUAAAUUAGCACUUAAGCGAGAUAUAAAAAUACUCACAUUUUGUUUGUUACAUGUUGUGUCAUACAUAGUAACAAAUGCCACAGACAAAGAACAUACAAGAAUACGAGAGGAAAUGUUGACAAUAAUCGAUGUUAAGAAGAAACCCACACUUGAUCCUGAAUUGUCGCGUCAUCGACCGCUAAGACAUGGGCAUAGCGUAAAGGCAGACGAUACAAGAAUCUCUGAAGAAACUAGACGAACGCGUUGUGCACAGAUCGUAUUUUCAGUAUUAGAUCAUUUGCAAAGAUGGCUUUGGGAACAACGAUUAAAUCGUAAUCAUAAGUAUGAAGCAGUAAAAAAUUUCUGUGAGAAAUUAAAUUCAUUGGUAGUGGCUGAAGGUUGUUAUCAAUCUCGAGAAUAUCAUAGGGCUCUAAUGUAUUUAGAGCAACAUAUGGCUUCCUCUAAUAAAGGAUUGUCAGAAGCACUGGAGGGUGGAUUGCUAGCUAAAAUAUAUGCGCAAUUGGAUGAGCCGGAUGGUAUAUCAGGUAUACUAGCUACUCAAGAUCAUACUCCUACGGUUCAGCAAUUAGUUUUAGCUCAUGAAGUCAAUGGACAGCUUCAGGAUGCAGCUACAUGUUACGAAAGACUAGCACAGAAAAAAACAUUAAAACAUACAUAUUUGCAAGGCAUGAUACAGUGUUACCUUGGUCUCGAUCAGCCUUUCACAGCAAAACAUAUUACCGAAGGAGUUUUGAGCAGCAGACCAGAGCUAGAACCAUUAAUGAUCGAACAUGAACCUUUUUGGAGAUUGGCACAUUUCACUAGACUUGAUGAUACUUCGCAAAAAAAUAUAAAGCAUACUCUGCUCGAAGAUUUAAAGAAAGGCGUGAAACCAGAUUUACUAUCAUUAAAGAAAAACCUAGUAUCGUUGCUAGAAGAUGCUUCUCGCCCGGGAGCUUAUCAACAAUGUUACUCCUACAUCAUGAAACUACACAUAUUAAAUGAGUUCGACAAGGCAGUUUCUACCAUGUUAACUAAUAUAGAGCAACUUCCAAUGAUAUUUGAAGAGUGGGAAAAGCGUGGCCAACUCGUCAGAGCUUCGCGUGGAGUUGAAUUUGUAUUCAGUAUGCGUAGAGCAACGUUAGAUUUAGCAGUUCAAUUACAGAAAGAAAUCAACAAUAAAGAAAAUUCCAUACUUAAACAAGAAAUUGGCAAGAUUUGGCUUAAAAGCGCCAAGAUUGCGAGAAAGAGGGGAUUGCAUCAACAAUCGUACAUGUAUAUUUUAUCAGCCAGCGAUUCUUGCCCACCGCAACAACUUUACAUAGAACAAGCUCAGUUAUACUGGCAGAAAGGAUGCCAAGAAGAUGCUUUUACAACAUUAAAACGAUGCUUUUCCAGUUGCUUUCAACCCUCUGCAUAUUACAAAACAUUGGCAUCGACAGAGCGUAUAGAAGAAAGAAAACAAUGUGCAAAGGCAAAACUUUUGUAUGCAAAAUAUAAUGAUGAAACGGUUAAUGUAGAUACCGAUGCUAAUAUUAUAAAUUACAAGGAAGCUAUUGAAGUUUGGAGAGAAUGGGAAAAAAGUUUACUUUUCUGUGCACAGUAUUACGAAUCUGUCAUAAAUAGAAUGACUGACGAUGAAAAAGAUAGCAGAGGACGAGAUUUACAAGUACACGCUAUGAAUUUUUAUGGGAAGUCACUUCAAUAUGGUUGCAAAUACAUUCAUCAGUCUAUGCCAAGAAUGUUGACUAUAUGGUUGGAUUUUGCUUCUCGCAUGACAUCCCGAACUGUACAGUAUGGUAAUCGAGAAGUUGAAAAACUUCGACGAGAUGCGUUAUUAAAAAUGACAAAAAUUAUGGAAGUAUAUCAAGAAAGGCUACCAAUAUUUAUGUGGCUGACAGCAUUCAGCCAACUCAUAUCUAGAAUAUGCCAUCCCUCUACGGAAGUGCAAAAUACUCUUUGUACAAUAGUAGUAAAGCUCAUUUAUGCAUAUCCCCAACAUUGCUUAUGGAUGAUGGCAUCAGUUAUCAAUUCUUCCUACCCUGCACGUCAAAGACGUUGUCAAGAAAUACUCAAUAACUCUAAAUUUAAAACUGCUGAAAUGACAAAACUUAUUAAAGAUUUCCACACAUUAUGGGAAAGACUAAUCGAAUUAUCCAAUAAAACAAUUCCAGAUGGCGUCAUGAGUACUACGGUAAAUCAAUUAUCGCAAAACCUUCCCCGUUUACUUUCACAUAGAGAUUUUAGCCAAAUUAUGAUGCCGACAACCAAGUUUAGACAAUUUCAUCUGCCCUCUAAGGGCGUAUCAUUGGAAAAUCACAAUCCAUUUUCAUCGAACUGGAUUCAUAUAGCUGGAAUAGAAGGGAGUGUAGCCAUUAUGCCAUCUUUGCAAAGACCGCGACGUAUUGCUUUAAAAGGGUCAGAUGGUAGGCAAUAUCUUUUCAUGUGCAAGCCAAAAGACGAUUUACGAAGAGAUUUUAGAUUAAUGGAAUUCAACGAUAUUGUAAAUAAGUAUCUUCAAAAUGAUCCAGAAUCGCGACAAAGAAGAUUGUACAUUCGAACAUACAGCGUUGUACCCUUAAACGAAGAAUGCGGUUUAAUAGAAUGGGUACCGAAUCUAGUUGGGUUUAGACCUGUUAUAAUAAAUUUGUAUAAAGAAAGAGGUAUUGCAAUUACAAAUAGAGAACUUAAGAGCAUGUUGUGCGCGUUGAAAGAUCCUCUGGAAAAAAAGAGGAAGGUAUUCUUAGAGCAACUCUUACCGCGACAUCCCUCAGUUCUUGGAGACUGGUUUCGCCUCACAUUCCCCGAUCCAUAUGGAUGGUACGAAGCACGUACCGCGUACAUUAGAACUACAGCAGUAAUGUCCAUGGUGGGCUAUAUUCUUGGCCUUGGAGAUCGUCAUGGGGAGAAUAUACUAUAUGACUCUAAAUGCGGAGAUUCUGUGCACGUGGAUUUCAAUUGUUUAUUCAACAGGGGAGAAGACUUCGACUGGCCAGAACGUGUGCCAUUUCGUUUAACACAUAACAUGGUAGAUGCUAUGGGACCGUUAAAAAUUGAAGGACCAUUUAGACGUGCUUGUGAAAUAACUAUGAGGGUUCUUCGACAACAAUGUAGCACUUUAUUAAGUGUACUCACUCCAUUUGUAUACGAUCCACUUGUAAGCUGGAAUAAGAACCAUACUGGCGAAGGAGGUGAAAAAACAAAUGAAAAGGCUGUAGUACAUAUAAAGAAUAUAGAACAACGGCUAAAAGGUUUAAUACGAUCUCAUGGGAAAAAAUUAGAAAAUAUUGCCUUGAAUCUUAGUGUCGAGGGACAAACUAACCAUCUAAUUCUAGAAGCAACAAACAUAGAUAAUCUUUGCCAAAUGUAUUUUGGUUGGGGUGCAUAUAUGUAACAAGUAUUAUAAUGUAUAAAUUACCUGUAUAUAGGAAAAACAUGCAUUACAAGUAUUUAGAAUGAUACAAAUCAAUUCUUUGGUCUCAAGGUUCUGAAUUGAAAUGUCGAAGCAUCAUAAAAUAUGAAAGUGCAGUACUAAGUGUCUGUAAAUGUAUGUAAAUAAAGUAAUUGUUGUAUAGUAUUGUAUACUAAGUAUUGUAAUAAUAACAAUUUUAUAUAUUUUUAUACAUAAAUUAGCAUUAAUAAAAUUUUUACCGAUGUGAA